AUCCUUCUCUCAAUCUCUCCUCAAACUCACAAAAAUGAAGGAGUUCGAUUACAAGAAGCUCGUCAUUGCCACGGAUCAAUUCUCUCCUUCGCAACUCAUCGGUAAAGGAAGCCAUGGCUACGUUUACAAAGCCCUUCUUCUUGAUCAUCACCAAGAAGAUAAAGAUUACGACAAACAUCACAAAGUAGUCGUAGCCAUCAAAACACCAUCAUCAUUAUUACCAUCGUCUCCUUCAUCAUCAUCAUCCAAAUCAGAACAAACGAAGAAACUAGAGAACGAGAUCAAUGUCAUGUCGUCACUACCAUGUAACCAACACGUCUUGAGGUUUCUUGGCCAUGCCGACAAAAAGCUCAUGGUCGUCGAGUACAUGCCAAACGGAUCAUUACACCAGUUAUUACACGUGUCAGCUGCUCCUAUUCACACGUGGCUUAAACGCAUCGACGUCGCUCUUCAGAUCGCUCGAGCCGUUCACUUCCUCCACGAACGAGGUGUUAUCCACCGUGACAUCAAAUCGGAAAACAUUCUGUUCGGUUCGAACUGGGAAGCGAAGCUUGCCGACUUCGGACUCGCCGUCGAUAUGGCUGGUGAGAAGGCGAGACCGGCGCCGGCGGGAACUAUCGGAUACUUAGAUCCGUGUUACACGUCACCGGAGAAUCUUAGUACCAAGACUGACGUUUAUAGUUACGGCGUCGUAUUGCUGGAGAUCGUUAGUUGUAGAAAAGCCAUUGACGUCUCUCGUUCGCCGUCGUCGGUAGUGGACUGGGCGGUUCCGUUGAUAAAAGAAGGGAGGAUCGGAGAAGUCUGCGGCGGAGGCGGAGGAGGAUCGGAUGUUUUCAGGGGGAUGAACCUUCGGUUGUUGAGGAUGGCGGCGAGGUGUGUUUCAUCGGACGUGGAAUCGCGACCGUGUUUUAGGGAGAUCACGGCGGAGAUAGUGGCGUGUAUGGCGGAACCGUUGAAGAGUUUGCCGUUGUGGGUGAGCGUUUUGCGUCGGGUUGUUCAACUGAAACGGCGGAAAAAACGGUUGAGAGAAACGAUGACGUGGCCGGGUCAAACGUGCCGGGUCUGGUGAUUAGUGAUUACAAACCAUCCAAGCAGAAGAAGAAGCCUUCUAAACAUGAAUUUUAUAAAUUUAGUAGCAUUUUAAAUUUGUUAUCCCAUUACAAUGAUAUAUUGUAAGAUACUAUAUGUGUUUUUCCAUAACGCUAGGAUUUCCAAAAGGUGCAUUUUUUUAUUUUGAUAAUCAA